GCUCGAUUUCCAUCAAUGGCGGUCGUCGGCGGCGCUGGCUCCGGCGGAGGCGAGGUCGAAGCAGGGUUUGCGAAGCUUCAAGGUGAGGACUUCGAGUACUACAUGCAGACCUACUCGAUCGUUCUUGGCCGUAACAGCAAGAAGGCCACCGUCGAUGUCGACCUAGCGUCCUUGGGCGGUGGCAUGAACAUCUCUCGGAACCAUGCCCGCAUCUUCUACGACUUUGUGCGCCGUCGCUUUGCCCUUGAGAUCGUCGGCAAGAAUGGCUGCCUCGUCGAGGGUGUUCUCCACCUUCCUGGCACUGCGCCUGUUAAGCUUGAUUCGCAGGAUCUCCUCCAGAUCGGCGAUAAGAAGUUUUACUUCCUUCUUCCGACCAGAUCGAUCUUCGCCACUACCCCGAUUCCGCGGCAUCCGUUGCCGAUUAUUUCAGGGCAAUCACGGGCGGGGACGAUGGGGUUUGUUGUGAAGAAGGGGAGAGGGAGGCGGGAGUAUGAGGAAGAGGAGGAGGAGGAGGAUGAUGAGGGUGAUGACGAGGAUGAUGAUGAUGAUGGAGUUGGAUUGGUGAAGCGGAUGAAGAGGCCGUCGCAGGUUGAUGGAUUUAGUGGGUAUGGCGUGCAAUUGGAUAAGAAAUCUGACAUAAGAUCAAGGGCUGAUAGAGACUCAGAUAAUCAGCAGCUCCUGCAGUUAGAGGAGAAAGAUGUUGUUUCAUCAGUAGCUACUGUACUGUCUGAUCUUUGUGGCCCUGGCGAAUGGAUGCCCAUGGCAAAACUACACUCUGAGCUUCUGGAGCAAUAUAGCAAUGUAUGGCAUCACAGCAGAGUGAGGAAAUACCUCACAUCAGAGGACUGGCCACCAAAUGAAGCAGAAGGCAAGCCAUGGUUGGGGUUGUUAACACUGCUGAGAAAGUAUCCUGAACACUUUGUGAUCAACACAAGAUCAAAAGGUAGAGUAACAUUAGAGUUCGUCUCUUUAGUUUCCUUGCUCUCUUGAAAGAUAAAAAUGCUUGUGAGACCGAAAGCAGGUCAUUUUUUCGAUGUGUUCGACAAAAUCAACAGUGUGAACAUAUAACUUUAGUGCAUUGUAUUAAUGCUUGUGCUUCCAACAAGAUUACGCUGUGGAAGUUCUAAGUAAUUUGUUUGUACAAAGUGGUUAUUUUA